CCCAGACUAGGGAUCGCGACGGAGAUAAUGCCGGUGAUGUCUUGCGAACCAUCUAGCGUCAAAUGGUAGUAAUAAUAAUGAUUAUGGAGGAUUACAUAAAUAAGGGCGUCCAUUUUUUCUCAUCGGGACCGGUGCCUCGCAAGUAUCUGGACUCGCGAGAGGGAGGGAUUUCAAGUCAUCAACCCUCUCCUGGACGGCCGAAUCCGGUGCCGACCCAAAUCCUGGCAUGGUGUAGUCUGAUAUUCGAGAGCUCAGUACUAUAAAACAUCAAAAGCGAAACUAAAAACAGGAACGGACGCCUCUCGGCAUCUUUUUAAAAAAGUGAUUGAAAAAAAUUGCAUCUCCUGCAUACUGCAACAAGAAUGGCGAACCAACAGAAGACGUCUGCCAGCAGCGGCAAAGAAGGAGCGGCGGAAGGACAAACCAUAAACGCCCCGUCGCUGUUGGAUCUUACCAGCGACAACAUCACGCCCAACACUAUCCGGAUCAAUUCCCAAGGCGACAAUGCGAGGUUGAUCUACCUCAUGUCGCGGCUGGUGACGCACUUGCACGACUUCGCGCGCGAAACGAGACUAAGCACAAAUGAGUGGAUGGCCGCCCUCGAUUUCCUUGUCAGAUGCGGUCAGAUCAGCAGCGAUGUCCGACAUGAAUUCAUCCUGCUAUCGGACGUCCUCGGAUUAUCCCUGUUGGUCGACAGUAUCGACCACCCCAAACCCCCGUCUUCCACCGAGGGCUCCUUGCUGGGUCCCUUCCACACGCAUGACGCCCCGACGUUGGCCAGCGGGGAGGACAUGUCGGAUGACCCGGAAGGGGAGCCCUUGCUAGCCCUCUGCACCGUGAAGGACACCAAGGGGAACCCCGUCCCAGGCGUCAAGAUCGACAUAUGGGAGACGGACAGCUCGGGCCACUACGACGUACAGCACGCAGACCGCGGCGGUGUCCCGAGCGGACGGUGCGUAAUGGUCUCCGAUUCGGAGGGGACUUUCCGGUUCCGCGCCAUCCGGCCCGUGAGCUACCCGAUUCCGCACGACGGGCCCGUUGGCAAACUGCUCCGGCUUCUGGGACGGCACUGCUGGAGGCCGGCGCACAUGCACUUCACGUUCGAGAAGGACCAAUGGGAUAAGCUCGUCACGGCGCUCUACAUCCGCGGCGACCCCUACGAGUCGUCUGACGCCGUCUUUGGGGUGAAGAAGAGCCUCGUUGUCGACUUGGACAAGGUGGAUGGUGAGACGGCGAAGAAGUACGGCGUCGACGUCGGCGGCGAGGGAGGGAUGUGGCUGCUGAGAUAUGAUUUUGUUCUCGUGUCGGAGGAGGAGGCGCAAGAGCUUAGAGAUCGGAACGCCAUUGAGGCUUUGGCCAAGUUGGGGUUGACGCAUCUGAAGCUUGUGGACCAUCUGCCGGUUCCCGAAGUGGAUUAAGAGGGACUGUGGGCCGAGGGAGGAUGAGAGACACUGGUCACGAUACCGGCACCGCGAUGAUGGCAUAGACUCGUGAAUUGUCCCCUUUGCUCCAUAACGAACUCUUGAUUCUAGAUAUCGUACGAAGUCUCAGUCUCACCUUGCCCUCGAUGCACGAGGGCACGACGAGACUAGACGGCCGCCCUAGUAACUAUCAUCCUCCCUCAAG